UGCUGCUGCUGAACUCAAGGAAGUGGUCCAGAUGGCAAGGGCCGAUCAGGCAGCUGCCAUCAAUUUAAAAUAACAAUCUUUACCAUAUGGUUGUGAAAGUGUCCUGGACAGGGUGGUCCGUGGAAGGUGCUUUUCGUCAUUACCGAGCCAACUCCUGCAACAGACGGAGAUGACUUCCUUGACCCAGAGAAGUUCCGGCCUCGUGCAGAGGCGAACCGAAGCCUCGCGCAGCGCCGCGGACAAAGACCGGACGCUUUGCCAGGAGGCUCACGAUGAGCCCCGCCGGGGGGAUGAGCUGGAAGACGACGAUACUGGAGAUUCCAAAGAAACACGACUGACCUUAAUGGAAGAGGUGUUACUGCUGGGACUGAAGGACCGAGAGGGCUACACCUCAUUUUGGAAUGACUGUAUAUCAUCAGGGUUGCGAGGUUGCAUGCUGAUUGAAUUAGCCCUGCGAGGACGCCUACAGCUGGAAUCCUGUGGCAUGAGGAGGAAAAGUCUGCUGGCCAGGAAGGUAAUCUGUAAGUCGGAUGCUCCAACUGGUGAUGUACUUUUAGACGAGGCUUUAAAACACAUCAAGGACACCCAACCACCUGAGACUGUGCAGAGCUGGAUUGAACUGCUGAGUGGAGAGACAUGGAACCCCUUGAAGCUACAUUAUCAGCUGAGGAAUGUCCGGGAAAGGUUGGCCAAAAACUUGGUGGAAAAAGGUGUCCUCACUACAGAGAAACAGAACUUCUUGCUUUUUGAUAUGACCACACAUCCUCUGACCAACAACACCAUCAAGCAGCGUCUUAUCAAAAAGGUGCAGGAGGCUGUUCUAGACAAAUGGGUGAACGACCCUCAUCGAAUGGACAAGCGAAUGCUUUCUCUCAUCUUCUUGGCCCAUUCAUCUGAUGUUUUGGAAAAUGCUUUUGCACCACUACUAGACGACCAGUAUGACCUGGCCAUGAAGAGAGUACGGCAGCUGCUAGAACUUGAGCCGGAGGGGGAAAGCAUAAAGGGCAACACCAAUGAGCUGUUAUGGGCUGUUGUAGCUGCUUUCACUAAAUGAGAAUACAGAAUUCAGCUUAUAGUUGGUUCUGUGGGUGAACUGUGGGUAGGAGCAGAGUACUAAUCCUAACAUGAGAACUUAUACCACACUUGGACUUUUAGAAUGGAGUACUCUAUUCUUUUCAUGUUUCUGCCUUUUUUUUCAUUGUUUCCCUUCCAAAUAAACAUUCUGUCUAUCUUUAAUAGA